CUGCCCAUGGAAGAAUCUUCUGUUUUAUCCUCCUGAUCGAGUGGAACUGUGAAGUUGCAGUGUGAACACACAUUGCUUGGAAAAUGAAGUUGAAGUGCAAACCUUGUCAACAUACCUCCUCCAUACCUCAGAGGUCCAACUUUCACAGCACCGCACAUCACACCAGCGUUGGGGAGCAUUGGUUGCAGCAGCAGUCUUAAAAGGGCGGUUGGCCUAUUCUCGCGUCGUUCCAUGCAAGGCUUCUACACGGUUGAGUUGAGUUAGCAGCCUGAUUAGCAGUCUUUGCCCUCAUGUCUCCAUGCAACUUCUGAGAGGGCAAUCGGGAGGCAUUCUAUGACAGUACUCUGCAAAGCUGCAGACUGACAUGAUCUGUCGUCUCACAGCAUAAUUUCUUAGUUCUGAGAAACCAGUCCGCAACUCAAAGUGACAGGUAGUGGUAAAAUUUGGAUUUAGCAGUAAAAUCCAGAGGCACUGUCAUUUGCCAAAAGGGGUAGUCACAAUGGGGCCAUCAGCAGAGACGCAGCCGCCCUUUGGGGCGGAGAAGGAGGGCGAGUUAAGCCAUGACAUCCGUAGGAAGGGCGACCACAAGUACUCAACCAAGGCGCGCAAGCUCAUGAGCGCCGAUGUCAACAGGAUUGAGUCCUUCCUAGACAUGGCAAUGUUGGAUAGCUCCAUGAAGGGGGGGCACUCCAUAGAGGCGGAACACCACCCCUGGGAGAUUGAUCUAGAUGACUUGGUCUGCAACACUGUGAUUGCGAGCGGGACAUAUGGGACGGUGUAUAAGGGCGUGUAUAAGGGGCGGGAGGUUGCAAUCAAGGUUCUAGACUGGGGGGACAACACCACGUCGCGGCAGCAGGUGGCGCAGCUGCGCAAGGCGUUUGCGCAGGAGGUUGAGGUGUGGAAGGAUUUGCACCAUGUCAACAUUGUACAGUUCCUGGGCGCCUCGCUGGGCGCGUCUGAGCAUGCCAUCCCAAAGCUAGCGUCCGCAGUCCCGGGCAACAUUAAGUUCAGCUCCAAUGUUUGCUGCGUCGUGGUUGAGUAUGUCGGAGGGGGAACAGUCAAGGACUGCUUGAUCAAGAAGAACCAGAAGCGGCUGCCGUACAAAAAGUUCCUCAGCAUGGCGAUUGGGGUCGCAAAAGGCAUGGAGUAUCUGCACAGUAAGGACACACUGCAUCGGGACCUCAAAACGGAGAACCUGCUACUGGACGCCAAGAGCAACGUCAAGAUCACCGACUUUGGCGUCGCGCGGCUCCAGGGUCCGCCCUCCGAGAUGACUGGAAUGUGCGGCUCGGUUGGCUGGAUGGCGCCAGAGGUGAUGGAGAGCAAGCCGUACGACAAGAAGGCUGACGUGUACUCCUUUGGCAUUUGCCUUUGGGAGAUGUUCUACUGCGACUGCCCCAUCCCCGCCAUGAACUUUCAGCAGCUCACGUACGCCAUCACCAAGCAGCAACUUCGGCCGGACAUCACGUCAGCAUGCCCCUCCGCGCUCGCCGACCUGAUGCGCAGCUGCUGGGACGUGGACCCCAAGAAGCGGCCCAUCUUCUCGGAGAUCGUUUUGCAGCUGGAGGAGAUGCAGCGUAGCGGGGAGAAGCCGGUCAAGAAGGAGUUUGACGAGGCGACGACGACCUGCGGAUGCUUCGGGCCGAAACGAAAAUAGUCGCCAUUGACGCAGAGGUCAAGUCGCGGGUCGUUAUGGGCGGUAAUGCGCGGUAACAGGGAGGUAAAAGUGGGGCGGAUUCGGGGGCGACCGCGGCGGGGGCACUGAUUUUGUGUGAAGCGUGGCAUAUGUGAGCCACUCAUCAAUGCCUUCUGAGUCCUAGCGGCUGCAGUACCGUGAAAGAGACAGGUCAGACCUUCCUAUAGGUAGCAUUGGAUGCCCAACGAUAGGGUUCCGUGGUGGCAUCGGACGUGCACGCAAGUUCCCUUUGUGUUGAUAGUGGCAGAUCGAUCAGAUCACAUGACGCUAUAUUCGAGAAUGCUUACGACUUUCUGUACAGAAGUAUGUGUAUGAAAUAGACGGUUAUAUAAGGUUGGUGGUGAGGCACGGCGCAUAGUGAAAACUAGAGAAUCUGAUGCACUAAAUAAGUCCUUCCAUUGCUUGUCACUGACAUGCAACGAUGAUCAGGCUGCACAUGUGCUGCAAGAUUGCCGACGU